ACUCUAUGCGGCUCCGCUUCCGAUUUCAUUCGCGACGCUCGCGCCGCCGAAGAAACCGGAGAAUAGCUGCAAAUCACGCGAGCGUGCCCGUUGUGCUUCGCGUGCUCCGUGCCGAGCCCCGUCUGUGAUUCGCACCUCGUUACGCUGCCGCUGUCGCGAAGUCUUGCCACGUUAUGAUUCUGCGAUUGAAGUGAAGUUGGUUUGGGAGGAUGUAGCCCGGGGCAGUAAGGUAACGCAGGGUGGAUCUGAGGCGGCUACAGCCAUGCCGGACAUCACUCGCCACACCUGACCGCGGCUCAGCUCUUUAUCCCCGCUGCACCUCAGGAUUUUGUGGCUGUGGAGGCAGCGUGAAUGUUGAGCAUCACAACUCGAGCGCAUAUGGACGUGUUCAGUUUUGUCAGGAUGCCCAAACUGUCAGGCCACAGGACCAAGACGCCGGGCUGCCCCCCACCCUCUGGGGACUGGAGCUCCUCCCAUCGAGCCCUGGAUGGCUGGGACAUGGCUGCCAGUAGAAGUGGGCGUGACUGCUAUAUCGAUCACUUGUCCCAGGCCAGUUCUCUGGAGGAGGUCCGUCUGGGUCUGGAUGGGGAGAAGCUGAUUCCUCCUGCCCCCCGGAAGGUGGAGAUGAGACGGGAUCCAGUGCUGGGUUUCGGCUUUGUGGCAGGCAGCGAGAAACCUGUGGUGGUUCGCUCCGUCACCCCCGGAGGUCCUUCAGAGGGCAGGCUAUUUCCAGGAGACGAGAUAGUCAUGAUAAACGCAGAGGCAGUUAGCUCUGCCCCCAGAGAACGAGUCAUCGAUCUGGUCAGGAGUUGUAAGGAGGCCAUUGUUUUGACAGUUGUCCAACCGUACCCAUCACCCAAGUCUGCCUUUAUCAGUGCUGCCAAAAAGGCCAAGCUGAAGUCCAACCCGGUCAAAGUACGCUUCGCAGAGGAGGUCAUCAUUAAUGGACAGGUUCCUGAAACAGUGAAGGACAAUUCACUUCUUUUCAUGCCAAAUGUUCUGAAGGUUUACCUUGAAAAUGGGCAGACAAAAUCCUUCAGGUUUGACUGCAACACCUCCAUUAAGGAUGUCCUCCUGACCCUGCAAGAGAAGCUGUCGAUUAGGAGCAUAGAGCACUUCUCUCUGAUGUUGGAGCACAAGGCGGAGGGAUCUGGAACAAGGAUGGUGCUACUGCAUGAGCAGGAGAUGCUAACUCAGGUGACACAGAGACCUGGGACACACAAGAUGAAGUGUUUCUUUCGCAUUGCGUUUGUCCCAAAGGACCCACUGGACCUGCUCAGACGGGACCCUGUGGCCUUUGAGUACCUCUACGUUCAGAGCUGUAAAGAUGUAGUGCAAGAACGGUUCGGUUCAGAGCUGAAAUACGACACAGCACUUCACCUCGCUGCUCUCCAGAUGUACAUCCUCACCCUCAUCAGCAAACAGACACAGAAGGUCUCCCUCAAAUACAUUGAGAAGGAGUGGGGUUUGGCCCUUUUCCUGCCUCCAGCAGUGUUAUCCAGCAUGAAAGAGAAGAACAUAAAGAAGGCCCUUGCACACAUCCUGAAGACUAACCAGAACCUGGUGCCUCCUGGGAAAAAGCUGACAGCCUUGCAGGCCAAGGUGACCUACCUGACACACCUGAGUGACCUCAGGCUGUACGGAGGGCGCGUGUUGAAGUCCACGCUGCUCCAAGGGGAGAAGCACAUGGAGGUGACCCUGCUGGUGGGGCCACGGCAUGGCAUCAGCCACGUCAUCAACACUAAGACCAACCUGGUGGCCUUGCUGGCCGACUUCAGCCAUGUUAACCGCAUUGAAAUGUACACAGAGGAUGACAGGAACGUCCGGGUGGAACUCCAUGUACUGGACGUAAAGCCCAUAACUCUUAUAAUGGAGUCCAGUGAUGCCAUGAAUCUGGCCUGCUUGACUGCGGGCUACUACAGAUUGCUCGUGGACUCACGGCGCUCCAUCUUCAGCAUGGCCAACAGCAGCCCUGCGGGCUGUGAAUGCCGCGACAAGCCGAUCUUCCCGUCGUUCGAGUGGAACUGCGGUUCAUGUGGCACCUAUGAGGACCACGGCGCCAUCCUUUGCGACCCCAAUGCUGAAUACGCCGUCUGCAGGAGGCGUGAUGGUGACAUCGCCCCCGUCUACAUCACUGAGCUACACCAAUCCCAGCAUGCCCUUCACAUGGAUGGGGACAUCGAGCAGGCGAGCAGGGGUGCCCACACACACACACACACGCAAGCCUUUGGCAGGUCCUGGGGGAUGGUCCAGGACUCUCCCCGGAGUGCAAAGGUGUCUUUCAUAUUCGGAGACACAUUACCAGACGGCAUGAACUCCCAGACACUGGGCUACCAGAAGCUUCUGGAGGACCCAGCUGAGGUGCUGGAGGAGCACAGAUCUGUGUACAUUCAGCAGGAGGGCUAUAAGCCGCUCGAGUCAGGCCUGGACUUCGAUGGCUUCCAGUACACCUCCCACAUGGUCUAUGGUGAUGCUAAAAUCUUCGGCACCACGGAGGGCAUGGAUGAGCCGGUGCUGCAUGACAUCUGCUACGCGGAGACCACAGAUGAUGCUGAGGAUGAUGAUGACAUCAGCUGUGAGGAGGACAUGAUGAUGUCAGGAGAGACGAGGGACAGAGCUGUCUCAGUCCUCUCCCUCUCCGAAUCAAGUGAUGAUAUCAUAGACCUGACCUCCAUUCCUCCGCCACUAGAGGGUGCCAACGAGGAGGACAACGACAACCUCUUGCAGUCACUAAACCUGGCCAUAGCGGCUCCGCCACCGGGGUUCAGGGACAGCUCAGAUGAAGAUGAACACCAAGGAGCGCAUGCAGGUGGGAAGAGGAGCUCUGUGCUGACCGGUGACGUCCCUGUGUCACUGAUCGACACAGUGCCGACGCACGGCAGCAGAGCAGCACAGGAGGUGCUGGACCAGGCUGUGGUCUCCACCCUGCAGGCGCUGGAGGCUCUGGCUGCAUCUGAAGAACAGUCUCACGCACAGUCGGACAAUAGUUCAGGUGUAGAAAUAUCUCGGUCCUUUAGCCCAGAGUCUGCUUCAGAUUCUGGGAAUGAGACUAAUUCCUCUGAAAUGACAGAGAGUUCAGAGCUUGCAGCAGCUCAAAAACUCUCUGAGAACCCCCUGAAAAUGUUUGUAGCUGCAGCUGAAGGGUAUGAAAUGCUGUCUGAAGAGAAGAGUGAGUUUCAUUUAACAGCCAGUGAUGCAAGGACCAUACCCAGAAAUCAGGAAGAAGGCCAUCUGUCCAGAGCAGUACCUCCUUCCCAGACGCUCCAUUCAGACCUCCUGGAGAUGGAGCCUGAAGCCAUGGAGACCAAAUCACUCACACAGUACUUCAACCACAUGCAAAUGGAUGUGGUGGGGAAAAGGCAAGAUAGACUGGAGGAGAGCAGGAUGAUGUCCAGCGGAGAAAAGGAACUGCGGCAUACGAAGAGCUCUAGCUCGCACGUGGAGGUUGGGCUUGCGAAAUUCAGCAAUGUUAAUUCAAGGGAACAUCAUCACCCUGGUCCUUUUGAGCUGGACAGGAUGUCGUUUCCAUUUAAGGAGAAGAUUUCACGAUCACAACCGAUCCUGGACAGUAAACCUGAAGAGCACAAUUACUCAGAGAUGACUAGUGAUAGCAACACCUCACAUGUGGAGAGAACGCCACAAAAGAGCAACAAAAUGGAAUCACAAAACUGUAGUUUAGGAUCAGGUAAACACAGAGGAGCUGUGAGAGACAUGGACGUUUGUUCUCCUGCAGGGAACACAUACCUGAUCGAGCAAGCCACCAGUGAAGACCAGCAGAUGAAGGCACCUCCACCUGAGAGAGAAAUACCACGAUUGUAUGAAUACCAUUUGACAAAGAGGAUGUCGUCCCUGCAGAGUGAUGGUGUCCACUCCCUGCAGGGCUCUCAGUGCUCGUCCAUCGAUGCAGGCUGCAGCACGGGAGGCAGCAGCUGCGCGACGCCCAUGGACUCGCCGCUCUGCACCGCCGAUAAGAUCCACUCUCUUUCUGAGUCCUCUCUGAAGAGUCUGAGCUACUCGAGUGGAGAGGACAAAGGCUGCAGCCAAGGCCUGCACAGCAAAAUGAUCCAGCAGAAAACGGACGGUACGUUUCAGCGGAAGAACCACGCAGCACCUAGUUCAGAGUCACCGACCACCACUGGGCGGGAAGCAUGCCAAAGGAUGCCCAAGAUUAGAGAAACUACAGUAUAGCAUGAAGCAGGAACUGAAACUGGAGCCUUGUCUUUUGCACUCAGUACCCAUUCUAAUGACUCCUGCACAGCCCAGCAUUUUAUGUGCCAAACCAGAGGACUCUGGAUGUCCUGUUCCACCCCGUGAACGUCCCGCACACUUCCUGACUGGCUCGGGAAGACUCUGGUGGAGUUUCCAUGGACAAAUGUUUUUGGCUCAGGGAGCUUUGAACUUUCAGAAAGACCCAAAACCACAGCAAACAGACAAAUGAGCAGAGCACAGAAGAGUUUCUAGCAAGUUUCUAGCUUGUUACCAACAGCAUGAAUAACUUUGCCAAAAUGUGAAAAGAUUUGAAACAGUGGAGAGAGUCCUGCCCAUAACUAUGCACUUUCUGCCAGUACUCCUUUUAGCCAACUUUGCUGGUAUUGCAGGCAACAGCCCCAGUGACCACUGAUAGUGUUCAGUUCACCAUAAAGACCGAGUGUUCAGCACAACAGUAGCUGAGUGUUCAGUACCUGAGCAGGUGCAUAGAGGAUGCAACGCUCCUUGCACAUCUCCAGCAAGAUCACUGCAGCACAAGAAACAGAGAUAUGUGAGACAUGUCUGAAGUGACAGGUCUGCUUGCACCUGUUGGACCACACCUGAAGCUGGUUACACUGAUGAACAAAACAUCUCUACAGCGAACACAUCGUGUUGCCAUACGGGCCGCAGACAUCUGACAGUGACCGUGUCCAUAUCCUCUUUCAAACUCUUUGGUUUAACGUAAAAGAACAGUUUUAGCUAUUUCAAAGCCAUAUGUAUAUUUUAUCUGACCACCUGAAACAAUGUGAUGAUCAGUGCAAGCAAGGUAUCGACUGCUUUGAUAAUCCUUGCCCGGUGUAUAUUUUGUGUGAGAUGUAAAAUAAAGAAAAGAAAUUCUCAAAUACAUAGAAUUUUUAAAAGAGAAAUCUAAUUCUUAACCCUUGGUAGAUGCGUGUUCUGAAUGUCUAUUUGAACUGUGGUAGUAUUCUUGCUGAUUAUUUGCCUAUCGUUUAUGUACAACAACUGACUUCUUUAGAAUCACAGGACAAAGUAAAAAAAAAUUAUAAAACAUUUUUAGACAACUUCACUAACUCAUUCUAAAAAUAUGUUUUACAUAAGGUUAGGGAGUAAACUUUUAUGACUGCCUUACAUAUUAAACUUAAUGUGGUUCCUUUUAAGUUUCAUGCAUAAUAAAUA